UGAUCGAGCAGCUACCCAUGGAUCUGCGCGACAGGUUCACUGAGAUGCGCGAGAUGGAUCUGCAGGUGCAGAGAGGAUACUUUGUUUCCUGCUCAAAUUGUAAUUGGCUGGAAAGUUCCAAGGUCAGCAGUUUAAAGCUGGGUGAGGAGUUUGGGGCUUGCUUCAGCUUGCUGCCACUGGUCUUAGGGACCAAAAAAACCUUUAGAACUUGGAGCCCUGCUUGUCUCAUGCUGGAGAGCACAAUAUCCUGGAGUGAGAAUCCUACCCAAAUGACUUCCAAGAAGCAGAAUUGCAAGAUGCAAUGGAUCAACUAGAACAAAGAGUAAAUGAAUUUUUUAUGAAUGCAAAGAAAAACAAACCUGAAUGGAGAGAAGAACAAAUGACGUCAAUCAAAAAGGAUUACUAUAAAGCUUUGGAAGAUGCAGAUGAGAAGGUACAAUUGGCAAAUCAGAUUUAUGACUUGGUAGACCGGCACUUGAGAAAGUUGGACCAAGAAUUAGCUAAAUUUAAAAUGGAACUUGAGGCAGAUAAUGCUGGGAUUACAGAAAUACUAGAAAGACGUUCUCUGGAACUGGAUACACCAUCACAGCCAGUGAAUAACCAUCAUGCCCAUUCGCACACUCCAGUAGAGAAAAGAAAGCAUAAUCCAUCUUCUCACCAUAGUACAACAGAUCAUGUUCCUGAAAAGAAGUUCAAAUCUGAAGCUCUUUUGUCUACCCUCACUUCAGAUGCCUCUAAAGAAAAUACACCAGGGUGUCGAAACAGUAAUUCAUCAUCCUCUUCCAACAAUGCAUACAAUGCAAACUCUUCUCAGCCACUGGCAUCCUAUAACCUGGGCUCAUUAUCUUCAGGAUCUGGAGCUGGUGCUAUUACCAUGGCAGCAGCUCAAGCAGUGCAAGCCACAGCACAGAUGAAGGAAGGAAGAAGAACAUCCAGCUUAAAAGCCAGCUAUGAAGCCUUUAAGAACAAUGACUUUCAACUAGGGAGAGAAUUUUCAUUAUCCAGAGACUCAACUGGAUAUUCAUCAUCGGCUCUGGCAUCUACAUUAACACAAACAUUAAGUUCAUCAACCACAGAUUCACGGAGUGGUCGAAAAAGCAAAAACAACAAUAAGUCUUCAAGCCAGCAGUCCUCAUCUUCGUCGUCAUCUUCAUCUCUGUCGUCAUGUUCUUCAUCGUCUGCUUUAGCACAAGAACUAUCUCAGCAAACAGCAGCAAUACCAGAGUCUGAUUCUAACAACCAAGUUGAUUGGACCUAUGAUCCAAAUGAGCCACGUUACUGCAUUUGUAAUCAGGUGUCCUAUGGCGAAAUGGUGGGCUGUGAUAACCAAGAUUGCCCAAUAGAGUGGUUCCAUUAUGGCUGUGUUGGAUUGACAGAGGCACCAAAAGGGAAAUGGUACUGUCCACAGUGUACUGCUGCAAUGAAGAGAAGAGGCAGUAGACAUAAAUAAGUUUCUUCAUUUGGAAAACAAAUGACAUCCUAAAGAUUUUAUAGAGGACUUUAACAAAUCACAUUUUGCAACCACUUAAAGAAGGAUUAAUAUAGCAAUCAUAAGAUCUUGAACUAUUAGUUUUGCUAGUUGUGUUUUAAUAUUGUAAGUAAAUUAUUUAUGCACUACUGAUGUGCUAUAAAUAUUACUCCAGUUAGCCUUGGAUUGUUCCAGUGGCCAACAUAUGCAGACAUUUGUACUCUCAAACCAUUUUCUCAGAGCAGUGGGCAUUCUACAAUAAUUCAGUCUUCAAAGAAUUCUAACAAGAGAAGAUUUUAAGUAUGUUUUAUAUUGAACAGGCAUAUUCUGCUGCAUGUACUGUACUCAAGAGCUGUUAUAUAACAGUAUGUAUAUAAAUGGAGCAAAAAGUCAGUGUAUCUAAAAAGAAUAUAAGGCAGUUGUUUUUAAAAUGCCUUUAUAGCUUUGUUUCUUUGUGAAACUAAAUUCAGCAGGCUGAAGAAAAUGGUUCUUGUAUAAAGCGGGCUGGUGUCCUCUAGAGUACUUGGGUACAUAAGAAACAAACUCCUGUAGAGUAAAAACAAAUUUGUGCCAUUAGUCUUUAUAUGUCUCUGCACCAAACAGGGUGCAGAUCAUAAGAAAAAGGGUGUUAAAGUGAUAAAUUUUUUAUACCAAAUGUGUUUAUUUUUUUGUGCAAGUAAUCCUUUAAAUUGGAAUUGUAUUAGGUGUUAACAUUUAAAAAAAAAAAAUCUCAGAUGUUGAUAUUGAUGCUUUGCAUACUUUGUUGGAAAAGAAUAAAACCUCAGAAUUAAUCUGUCACUGGAAA